AUGAUCACCUUGUUUCCUGUUCCCGUAACUCUUCCCCAAGACAAGAUACCGACCAAGAAGAAUGUUCGAGACAUCAUCGGCACGUUCCUACCGAAAGAAUGGUCUUCUGUGGAUCCAGAAACUCUGACCAUAUCAUACCAUGCAUCAUUUGCCAAUGCCCACUGUCCUGUUGAACGACCUAAAUCAGCUUCUACCCCAUCCACCGAGCCAGUCAAAGUGUUUAUCAAAUUCCACAAAGACUCGGGAGGUGACCUCGAACUCUUCAAGCAUCUGGCCCCAACCAAACACGAAGAAGCAAUUUUCUGCCACGAGUACGGCCGAUCCGGUCUGGGAGCUGAGGUUUAUGGAUUUUUCAGGACGCAAGAUGGGACACUUGGGAGAAUUGAUGAGUUUCUGGAUGCGCGAAACAUGGAGCCUGAAGAUGUUGAGGAUCCGGUCAUUCGAGCAGAUGUUGCUCGUGGACUCGCCAGUUUCCAUGUAUUGAAAACAUCGCUCGAAAAAAAGGCAGUGGGGCUUUACUAUGAUGCUGUAAUCGACGGACUCAACGGUUAUCGUGGAAUGGAGAAGUUAAAGAAACUCGGAAAGGAAGGAGGUGUCAACGUGGACAACCUAGUUGACUACGACUUUGGAACGAGGCUGGGAAAAGUCGUGGACAGACUGGAAGAGAUAGGAGGGAAAACUGGAUGGUGUAUUCAUGACGUCCAAUUCAUGAAUACAAUGUUGAAGAACACGCCAAAGCAAGGAGAAAGCAAAAUUGUCCUGAUUGACUUCGAAUUUGUGAUGCGGAACUAUCGAGCAUUCGAUAUCGGUGGGCAUUUCAUGCAAAAGAUGUUCAAGUGGUUCGACGAAGAAAGCAAGAUAGCAAGUUGCAGGAAAUAUACAGAGGAGGAAAAGAGACACUUCUGCGACGUUUAUGCCAGACAGUGGAAUGAGCUGACGGGUGAUUUGGAUACUGGGGAGCAAGUAUUCCUUGAAUCCGAAUACGGGUACAUGCUAGCUAUCACUUUCGACAUUCACAACAUGCUGUGUUAUAUGAAAGAGCAGGGUGAUAAGGACCCGUUGAACCUGCUCGGCCUCGAUAAACUCUUCGAUGAGUUUGUGGAUCAAUAUGCUAAGCUUGGAUUAGAAGAUCCGUGA